AUGGCCGACAAGAAGGGUGAGGUUAACCAGGGCGAGAAGUCCGUCCUCGGCAUGCCCGGUUUCGUCGUUGACUUCCUGAUGGGUGGUGUCUCCGCUGCCGUCUCCAAGACUGCUGCCGCCCCCAUUGAGCGUAUUAAGCUCCUCAUCCAGAACCAGGAUGAGAUGCUUAAGGCUGGCCGUCUUGACCGUAAGUACUCCGGUAUCGGUGACUGCUUCAAGCGUACCGCCGCUUCCGAGGGUGUCGUCUCCCUCUGGAGAGGUAACACCGCCAACGUCGUCCGUUACUUCCCCACUCAGGCUCUGAACUUCGCCUUCCGCGACACUUUCAAGUCGAUGUUCGCCUACAAGCGUGAGCGUGACGGUUACGCCAAGUGGAUGAUGGGUAACCUUGCCUCCGGUGGUGCUGCUGGUGCCACUUCCCUCCUCUUCGUUUACUCUCUCGACUACGCCCGUACCCGUCUUGCCAACGACGCCAAGUCCGCCAAGGGCGGUGGUGAGCGUCAGUUCAACGGUCUCGUUGACGUCUACAAGAAGACUCUCGCCUCUGACGGUAUUGCCGGUCUCUACCGUGGUUUCGGUCCCUCUGUUCUUGGAAUCAUCGUCUACCGUGGUCUCUACUUCGGCAUGUACGACUCCAUCAAGCCUGUUGUUCUCGUCGGUCCUCUUGAGGGUAACUUCCUUGCUUCGUUCUUGCUCGGCUGGUCUGUCACUACCGGUGCCGGUGUUGCCUCGUACCCUCUUGACACCAUCCGUCGUCGUAUGAUGAUGACCUCUGGUGAGGCCGUCAAGUACAGCUCUUCCAUGGAUGCCGCCCGCCAGAUUGUCGCCAAGGAGGGUACCAAGUCUCUCUUCAAGGGUGCUGGUGCUAACAUCCUCCGUGGUGUCGCUGGUGCUGGUGUCCUGUCCAUCUACGACCAGGCCCAGCUCCUCCUCUUCGGAAAGAAGUUCAAGUAA